GUCAGGUGCUGUGGAAACGGCAAUGGCGGCGGACUGCACGAAAGUGGCCGCGGGCGUCUGGACGGCGCGCUCGGCGCGGGACGGCCUGGACAAAAGCAUCACCCUGCCGCCCGACGAGAUAUUCCGCAACCUGGAGAACGCCAAGAGUUUCGCCAUCGACAUAGGUGGCUCUUUGACAAAGCUGGCCUACUACUCAACGGUGCAGCACAAGGUCGCCAAAGUGCGAUCAUUCGAUCAUUAUGGCAGAGGUCAUGAUGAUGAGCCAUUGUAUGAGAUUUCAGUUCAGGAAGAGAUCACUGCCAGACUUCAUUUUGUUAAAUUUGAAAAUGCUUAUAUAGAAACGUGUUUGGACUUCAUCAAAGCCCAUCUGGUCAACACCGAGACCAAAGUAAUUAAAGCUACGGGAGGCGGUGCUCACAAGUUCAAGAACCUGAUUGAGAAGAAACUAGGACUGAAAGUGGAUAAGGAAGAUGAAAUGACUUGCUUAAUCAAAGGUUGCAACUUUGUUCUGCGAAAUAUUCCACAUGAGGCUUUUGUGUACGUGAAGCAUGCAGAGCCUGAAUUCCGAUUUCAGACAACACACCCAGACAUCUUUCCCUACCUGCUGGUCAACAUUGGGUCAGGGGUAUCUAUAGUCCGGGUGGAAUCUGAAGACCAAUUUGAGCGAAUAGGAGGAAGCUCAAUAGGAGGUGGUACAUUUUGGGGACUCGGAGCUUUGCUGACACAAACAAAGCGUUUUGAUGAAUUGUUACAACUUGCAUCAAGAGGGCAGCAUACUAAUGUAGACAUGUUAGUUCGUGACAUUUACGGAGGGGCAUAUGAAUCCUUUGGCUUGACUGGGGACCUUAUUGCUAGUAGCUUUGGAAAAUCUGCAACUACAGAUAAAGAAUUCACUAAAGAGGACAUGGCCAAAAGUUUACUUCACAUGAUCAGCAAUGACAUCGGCCAACUGGCUUGCCUGUAUGCCAAACUGCAUAACCUUAGCAGAGUUUACUUUGGUGGGUUUUUUAUCCGAGGACAUCCUGUUACCAUGCACACAAUUACCUACAGUAUCAACUACUUCACAAAGGGUGAAGUCCAGGCACUCUUUCUGAGACAUGAAGGAUAUCUUGGUGCCAUCGGCGCCUUCCUGAAGGGAGCAGAAGAGGACAGUAAGCACUUGUUUCAAUAUCCUAAUCAAUAUAGUUGGGGGGAGAACUAUGCUGGCAGUUCAGGUUUAAUGAGCAGUUCUCCUGAAGUACAUCCAAUGCAGCGGACACGGAGUGGAACGUUUGACAUGUUGGAGAUGGAUCGUCUGGAUCGGCAGCUGGUGAAUCUUCCCCUCCUACACGAUGCAUCAUCGUACGUCCCCGAUACCGUUGACCUCACUGAAGAUGCCAUGGCAAGAGAAUAUUGGCUGAGCUGCUUCGAAGAUGCUUUAGAUGGUGUAGUAAAGCGGGCAGUCGUCAGUCAGCCACAGUCACUGGAUGCCCCAGAGCGAGCAGAGAAAUUUCGCCAGAAAUAUAGGCACAAACUUCAGACAUUGAGGCAUCAACCAUUUGCAUAUGGAUCCCUAACAGUCAGAAGCUUGCUGGACACGCGGGAGCACUGUCUGAAUGAAUUCAACUUUCCAGAUCCUUACUCAAAAGUGAAGCAAAGGGAAAAUGACGUUGCAUUGAAACACUUUCAGAAGGUGGUGAGGAACUUGGACUCGCUGAGCAUGGAGGAGCGGCAGUUUGCAUUAGUGAAAGGUCUUUUAGCAGGAAAUGUCUUUGACUGGGGAGCCAAAGCUGUUUCAGAUGUUCUUGAAACAAAUUCAGCGUUUGGUUUUGAAGAAGCGAUGAAACGACUGCAAGCACGCCCUUGGCUGGUCGAUGCAUAUAAUGACUGGAUCGAGCGACUUAAGGGUCCUCCUCACAAAUGUGCCUUAUUUUUCGUAGAUAAUAGUGGGAUAGACAUAAUUCUUGGAGUUUUCCCAUUUGUCAGGGAGCUGCUGUCCAAAGGCACUGAGGUUAUUUUAGCCAGUAACUCAGGACCAGCAUUAAAUGAUGUUACUUGCUGUGAGUUGACAAUAGUUACGGAGAGGAUUGCAGCAAUGGAUUCAGUCAUCAGGACAGCUUUAGAAAAAGAUAAAUUAUUGCUAGUUCAGAGUGGCUCCAGUUCACCAUGUCUCGAUCUGAGUCGGCUUGACAAAGGAUUGGCGACGGUGGUGUGGGAGAGGAAGACUGACUUAGUGAUCAUUGAAGGCAUGGGCCGAGCUAUUCAUACAAAUUAUUACGCUGCAUUACGUUGUGAAAGCCUGAAACUCGCUGUCAUCAAGAACGCCUGGUUGGCAGAGCGGCUUGGUGGAAACAUCUUCAGUGUAGUUUUUAAAUAUGAGAUGGCACCAAAGUGAAAAUGUGGACUACUUGCUGAGGAAGGACUUGGCGUUGCACUGACACUGAGAGGGCCGUGGAAUGUAUUGUAAUAUUUUCUGUGAUUAUAUAUUUGCAGAUUGGAAAAAAAGUUAAUAUGGAUCUGCAAAGCUUUUGUGUCAGAAGCAAUAAUAUAUAUUAUAUAUGUACAGCUACCAUAUACUUGUUUUAAGAAAACAUUUAUUGUACAGACAGUAUUUGUGGAAAUGAAUAUUGUUUUGCUUUUGUUCACUCAAGACAAUCAGGUUUAAUGCUAUCCCUUUCUCAAGCUGUUCCCUUGAAUAAAUCGAGAAUGGAUGGUGUGAAAUGCAGAUGCUAAGGUUUGGGUCCCUCUAAGAUGAAUUGGUACAUGGCUCAGAUUUACAUCCUGUGAUUGGCACUCAGUAAAACAGUUAUACAUGUCUUUAAAUCUUGAAUUAUAUCAGAAGAGAACAAUUUAAGUAAUUUAAAAUUAAGGAUAUAGUAGUGUUCAAUGCAAGUUGUUUACUGUAUUAAUAUGUACAGUGGGAGUGAAUUAGUCUGGUGGAUUUAGUAAGGGGGAGCACUUUGAGUCUUAACAGGUUUACAUUGAAGUCUACUGCAUUGUAGACUCUUUGACUCACCCUGGCAAUGCCUACCAAAAGAACGCAUCUGUGCUAAUCCCAUUUAUCAGCACCUAGUCUGUAUCCUUCUCUGCUUUGGCCAUUCAAAUAUUUAGUUUAGUUUAGUGAUACAGGUCCUUCCGCCCACCGAGUCCGCACCGACCAGCGAUCCCCACUUACCAGCGACUACUUAAAUAUUGUGAGGGCAUCUGCCUCCAAAACCCUCUCGGGCACUCAAUUACAAAUUCCAACCACUCUCUCAGUAAUAAAGACCUCCUCGUGUCCCUCUAAGCCUCUUGCUCCUUAUUGUAAACUUCUGCUCUCUGGAUAUAGGCAUUUCAAGUCUGUCAUGUGUUCUGUUUCCUUGCCAGAUGAAAGAAUGCAAUCUUGUGCUUUUAUGGAAAGCUUGGGGAUAGUCCAAAAUACGUUAAAAUCAAUGAGGUGCUAUUUAAAUCUUUGUGAUAUGGGAAAUGCUUCAGCCAAUUAAUACUCUACAAGGGCCCCUCAAACAGCAAUGGGGUAGUGUCCAAAUCAACCAAACAAAAAUACUGUCCCAUCACACCCCCUGUAAUUAUUCCCUGCGGCUUUUACAUUCUCGAGUUUACAUUUUCCUCUAAAGAUAGCAUCUUCAGCAGCCUCUCCAUCACUUUGCACUGUGCUAGAGAGUCAUCCGAGACUUUGAAAUGUAUUUCUGGGCUUGGAUUGAGCUCAUAACCUCUCAGUUCUUGCAAGAAAGAUCUGCACUGAUGGGCUGUUAACACCUACACAGUACCAUUUCCAUGAGCGCCACAGGCAAAGUCUGCAAUCUGAAGCAACUAAUAUCUACAAACAGUAAUUCAAAGGAUUAUAUCUAUAAUUUGUUGUAACCUACACUGUGCAUCAGCAAUCCUGAGGCCUUAUUUCAUGAAUGACCUUCUACCUGGCAAAAAAAUGAGUGUGGCGUGAAUUGAUUCACCCUAUUGUUCGUGUGAUGGCAUGUAAACAAAGGUUUUGUCAGGCAGCAAGUGUUGCAUACAAUUCUGCCCUUUAUAAUUCAUUGCAAGCAAUGCUUGGUGCAAGGAUUCUGUUUGUAGGAAGGAACUGCAGAUGCCGGUUUACACCGAAGAUGGACAUUAAAUGCGGGAGUAACUCAGCGGGACAGGCAGCAUCGCUGGAGAGAAGGAAUGGGUAAAGUUUCGGGUUGAGACCUUUCUUCAGACUUGAGAGUCGGGGGAGAGGGAUUAGUUCUCCAACUAGUUUCAUUUUCCUCCUGAUUAAAUAUUACUGAUUGUGUGGAUUGGUGUCACCUUCCCCUCUGCUAACAAUGUACCAUUCUACAUUUCCUUGAUCAUCGUACCCUUUGAUCUGUGUUUUCACACUUUACCCUGUCUUAUCUCGUUCUCCCUCUCCCCUGAAUCUCAGUCUGAAGAAGUCUCGACCCAAAACGUCACCCAUUCCUUCUGUUCAAGAAUUCUACUUUGUGUGUGUGUGUGUGUGUGUGUGUGUGUGUGGACCUGGUAAUAGGAUGGUGAUGGAGCAAUGAGAGAAGGUUCAGCCAAGAUAGUAGAAUGUUUAUAUGGUGUUUUCUCAUGAAGCUGUAAAGCUUCAAAGAGGUCCUGAUAUUUCAAUGAAGAAUUUACGGUCAGAUAAAUUGUAGGCCGAUUAUAAUGGGGGUGUCGGGGUUGGAAUUUAAAUAGCUUAGAGUUAAAGGAGUCUGUCAACAUUUGCAGUCUAGGCUUGUGUUCAAACAAGAGUCCCUGAGUAUUCUUAGGUAUUCGGACAAGCAAUCUGAUUUACCAAUGUACUUUGGAUAUAAUAAUCCUCAAUGUAGCCCAAAUGGAGAGGUUUGAAUAAUUUCCUUACGACUUUGAGGGAGUCCAUUUAGUUGGAAUUUAUGCUGGCUCUUAGCGAAAUCCCAUUCCUCUGCUUAUUUUUCUGUGAUCUAUUCUCAUUCACAUGGCCAUCAACAUCACCUGAACUCCAUUACCAUCCACCUAUCAACACCAGGGGCAAUUUACAACGGCCAAUUAACUUACUAACUUGCACGUUUUUGAAAUGUAAGAGGCAACCUGAGCAGGCAGGGUAGCCCAAGUGGUUGCAUGUAGGACAUGCAAACUCCACAGAGGCAGCACUGGAGGUCAGGAUUGAACCUGGAAGCCACACUACCUAUGCACCACUGUUACUUUACAACUAAGCCUGGUGAUCAUACUGGGUUUAUGCAUGUAAUAUGCAAUGUCUUUAAAAGUCUUUUGCAGUUGAAAUAACUCUCCUUGAGAGUCUGGUAUAGUUUUGCUCAGUUUGUCAUUAAAACCCCAAUCCUAAAGUGCCUUCUAUUCAACUGCUGAAAUGGUGGUGGCAAGAUUCACUUGCUCUUUUUAAGCCCCUACUAGUUAUUGCUUUGGUCUCCCUUGCUGAAGCAAGCGGGUGUCCUCAGGAAGUGACAUGCUGCGCAGAAUAGUAUCUGAUAUGAUUAAUAGUAUGGAAAAGGUGCAUGAACAGCACCCCUUCAAAUUUUCACCCAAAAAGAUUUGGCAAUUCUUUCCCCAAAAUAGAAACACUGGAUCAAUUGAAAGUUUCAGGAUUAAGUUUGGUGACAUUUGUUGCUUAGGAAAUUGCAUUGCAGUUGACUCUUGAGUGUGGCUACUUGGGUUCCAAGUGGCAAAAGGUAACUUUAAAAACCCCCACUAAAACCAAGAAACUUGGGUCAUGGGAAUAGGACUCAGUUGAGAAGCUUGUGAAGGGAGAGCCUUUCUGAUUGGACAAUUGGCCAAACAUCUAUUGGACCAAAGUUCUGAAUAAAAGAAAUCUUUCUUAGCCUUUGCAAAAGUUUCAAAUUUGUUCUUUAUUUUCUUAGGACUUGCUAAAGUGCCUCAGAAGAAUCAUCUUGAACAAUUGCUGGUGGUGUGGUCACACGGUUGGCAUUUGAAUGAGUAACUGGCUGGAUAAUUGUUUGCUGGGAAAGGAAUAUUGAGUAGAACCCAUACUCUUGCAAUAGUACUGUGGUGACAUUUGUAUUCAUUGAGAGUGUUGUUGAGGUUUUGGUUUAAAUCAUCAAAGAUGACACCCUUGCAUAUGCAGCAUUCUUUCAGAAUUGUGCCAGCAAAGUUGCGUGUUGAAGCUGAUAUUGGGGAUUGAACCCAUGAUUUUCUGCUGUGAAAAUCUCUAGUACUGCUUUCCCAGCUCAGCACCCACCUACAGUGAAUAUUGGGUAUGGACCAUUCAAUUAUAUGUUUGCCAUCUAUAAAAUCUUGCUUCCUUUUCAAUUAGUAAUAGUACAGCUGAACCUCGUGGAUCUUGUACAAGUUUCAGUUUAUAACCACGGGCACGGUUUUAUGUACUAUUUUUAAAGUUCUUAAAGGCUAACGUGACCGAAUAGAAUGGCCAGUCAGCACAAACUCUGCUGAGUUAGCCCAAUUUGUCUUCAUAAGAAAUGGCACAAAUAAUACUCGUUACUGUACCCUGCUCCCAUGCUGAAACUCUCCUUCAGAUGCAAUGGCUUGAGGUGAAAAGAAUGCUUCAUAAACAGAUUGCUUCCUGUGGUGGGAUUGGAGAGGCACAUUAUGCAACAUUAAUUGAAAAGUAAUUAAGACCAGAUUCCAAUGCAGCAGCCUACAGCUGUUUUUUAAUUAAUGUGCCAGGCAAGAGAUAGUAUAUGUAAUGUUUGAGACAAUGUGCCAUCGAUGCGAAUUGUCUGCAAGAAGAGCUUCGGUUUGUUGCAGUAAUAUGGACAGAAAAUCGUAACGGACGGCACAGUUAAUCCUUCCAAUUAGAGACUGCAGACCUCAGGGCAACCACAUUGCUUAUAUUCUGUUACAAUAGCAGUUCCUAUUUAUAGAGAGAUUUUAUAUACAUAACAAGAGUCCAACCUGACCCUCAUGGCCUGAUUGCACUGCACUAGCACCGGAUAUGCCGUCUACAGGACAUAUUCAACCAAGGGAACAGGCUGGGAAAGAGAACAACCUUACUGUAUUUUAUGUGAUCAACCAGGUAACACCAUGUGUAUAAAUUAAAUACAGAUUAUUUUGGAAGGAAUAUUUAGUACUGUGAUUUUUGUUUAUGCCUUGAUAUGAAAAAAAUGAUAUACUUGGCACGUGCCCUGUUUUUUCCUCCUUUGGUUUGGCCUGUGUAGAAUAUCAUGGUGAUCAGGGUGUUAAUCAAGUCACUUUAUUUCUAUAGCACAUUUAAUAUGUUACACGGAUGUAGAACAGGUUUGAUGGAGCAGUGUAUCUUAAUAUGUACAUUACAAUUUGUAUUGAAAUUAUUGCUAUUUUGCUUGGUUUUCAUCAGUUUAGGUUUACUCCAGAAGAGAUUGUUAUUUCAGCUAGAAAGGAGUUUGGUCAACUUUCAUGUUCAUUGAAAACAAGGUUUUAACUCUGGUUCUCUUUGCACAGAUGCUGCCUGUCCCAAGAGUGUCGAGUAUUUUCUAUGCUCUGAUUUCCGGCACCUGGGGUUUAUUUUGAUUCCCAUUAUGUACAAGUUGAUUUUGAUAAUUUUCACUUUAGCAUUCUCUUGAUCGAUUACUUGUUUUUUCUUGAAACAAAUUGUUGCACUGUGAGAAACAUCUGCCCAAUGCACUGCGGUUACAGCUAAAGUUGCUUUAACGGCACAUUCAAAACUGGUGACCUCCACCACCAAAAAAGACCAGGGUCACAAAUGCACACGAACACUCGCAGAUCCCCCUCCAAGGCACAACCUCUCAACUUACAAAUAUAGUGUUGUUUUCUUCAUUGCUAAGUCUAAUGCCAUGAAUUCCCUUCACAACAAAAUGAUGGGGAUAUCUUGACCAAAAUGUCUGCAGCCACCCACUAUGGUGCUCAUGACAAUUUAUUGGAUAAUUAAAGUUGGGCAGCGAAAUGUUGCUAUGUCAUUUACCAAAAGAACCCUCAGACAUUCAGCUAUUUACUACAGGGGAUUAUCUCAUGUUAAGUUUCACCUUCUGACCUGGAAAUGCAGCAUUUAAAACAUACCCCAAACUACAUCAAUCUUGUUGAUAUCAAAUCAUUUUAUUGAAUUAUUCAUACUGCCAAAUGCAAGGCCAUCAUGAGUAUUAACAUAAAGCUAACUGAACUUUAUAUUAAAUUGAUUUAAUGAAAGCUUCACUUUGCAAAACCAUUCUGCAUUGGAGUACCAGAUUAGUCUAAAAUCAGCAUUAGCAUGAGACCUAUGUUAUUACAGAGUACAUUACAAGUUAAAGACAAUGAUUACCAAAGGCAUGCACAAUUUAAAAAGGAAUAGAAUGAAACUGAAGAACGUUGACCUCUUUCAGACAUCUUUAUUGACGUGCUUCACCAGAGAUUUGCAAUGGAAGGUGGACACCAAGCCUCAAGCAAACACUGUCCAGGGGCUGAGAACUUGCUUAAAGUAUAAGAGUCAACAGAAAAAAAAGGCAGGGACAGGUAGGAAGUAAAUUUACACUGCUUGAAUUUAGGCUGCUGAGGAUAUUUGCAAUUGAGUUCUGCAGUCUAAAUCCAGUUGGUGCCAGGGGGGUAGAAACUACUUAACGUGAAGAUGGGAGAUGUGGUGGUGAGGUGAGAAAAGCAUGAUUACAUAGAUCAGUGUAUUCCCAAGCUGUGGUACUAACAUUCUGGUGUAAUAUCCAAUGUCAGGCCCUGCGGUUUGCAGAACUGUUUCAAUUGCUUUCACUGCUGGCAAUGGGGACUAAGAGCACAAAGUACUGGUCAGGCAGUAUCUGUGGAGAACAUUCAGGCACAUUUUUUUCCAAGUGGAUAACAUUUCAAGUGUUCUGAUGAGAUGACAUAAACCUAGGUUUUGCCAGUUCUGCCAGUUGUCAGUUCCACCUCAAUUGUAUUGUCAAUAAAUUCUGGUUGUGUAUUGUAGAACCUGUUCUACACCCAACGUAUUUAUAGGGGAUUUGCACUAUUAAUUCCUCCUUUUAGAGUGGGCGAGGGUGGGGUGGGGUGGGGAUUAGAAUCCUCCCCGGGCAAAUGGUCCCUAUUAGAAUUUCAGAUAUUUUACCUGCUUUUUUCCAGUGUUUGAGUGAUUAUUUGCAGCAGAUUUCUUUACAUUUUUCCAAUAUUUAAAAUUGAACAUUUAGCACCUUUAUAAAAAAAAAAAAAAAAA